GAUCCCAGCUCGGAGCAGCUUUUCUGGGAAUAAUAACAAUUCCUCUUGGUUUUGAGGUACUGGUGAUAGACUCUGGGGCCUCCUGCAUGCUGGGUAGAUGAUCUACCAUUCAGCUGAACUCCAUGCCAAAGGCUCCGCUGGGUCUCCGGCAGUCCCUCGCUCGCCUGCCGUCCGUCUGGUGGCCCAAGGAGGCGCGAUGAGCGGCGCCUGCUCGAGCUACGUAAGCGCGGAGCAGGAGGUGGUGCGCGGCUUCAGCUGCCCGCUGCCGGGGGGCGAGGCGGCCGCCGUCUUCUGCUGCGGCUUCCGAGACCACAAAUACUGCUGCGACGACCCGCACAGCUUCUUCCCCUACGAGCACAGCUACAUGUGGUGGCUCAGCAUCGGAGCUCUUGUGGGACUCUCCACAGCAGCAGUGGUCCUUCUGGCCUUCAUUGUCACUGUGUGUGUGCUCUGCUUUCUGUUCAUCAGCUCAAAGCCCCACACAAAGCUGGACCCAGGCUUAAGCCUACAGACAACAGGCUCUAAGAAGAUGUCACCUGACCAUCACGGUUUGAACACAGCGACCACGAUGGAGGGAUCACACUCUCCCAGGCAGAGUUACUCUUCCAACUCACAACUGGAGAGCAAUGAAAGGCAGGCCAUGGGCCCCAGAAGUCUCCUCCAGCACCACUUCUCGGCCACGGUGACCGCUAGCAACAUUCCAGGCAGCCCUGAAGAGGCCUCUGUCCCCACCCCUGACCCAUGUGGACCAGUUCCUUAAACAUCCAAUAAAUGUCUCU